ACUUUUGUCUGUAGAGUGCUGCCACUUUAAAGUAAAAACGGAGGGUCAUAAACUACUGUAUCUGUGAACAUUUUCUUAUAUAAUAAUUAAUAGAAACAAAAUUCCAGUUCCAUUAACUUACUUUUUCGAAAAGCAGGUAAAUGAAAUACAGACGAGUAAGCGGUUCCAUACCCUUCCCGUCAUGCUUGUGGAAUAAAAACAUGUCUGCGCCCAUUGAGAGGUGGAGUUAAUCUCAGUUUUGAGAUUGAAAUUGUUGUAAACAUAGUUAUGGAAGAGCAUUUUGAACGGGAUUUGGUGUCAGCAUUAAAGGAUGUUGUCGAACAAACUAACUGGCAGUUACUUGGAAGUGUUGAUUUUCUAAAACAAAAGAUAUGUAACCGGUUCUCAACAGAGGAUGGUGAAGAUGUGAUGGUUGUGUUCCAUAAAGAAAAAAAUAAGUUUUAUGCAAUGGAUGCCACUUGCCCUCAUGAAGGAGGUCCCCUUGAUCUUGGUGACAUUGAGGAUGUAGAUGGACACCCAUGUAUUGUGUGUCCAUGGCAUGAUUUUGACUUUAGACUUGACAAUGGAAAAUCUACUUCAGGUUUGCAGCAACCAACAUAUGAUGUUCAGGUCACAGAUGGCAAUGUAUAUGUUUAUGAAACAUCUACAAUUAUUGGAUUGGAAGUCCAAAAGGAAAAGAUAGAUGCAGCAUGUUCAAGUUUAGACAAAACUGAAGAUGUAUUAGCUGAUUCCUUGUGUGAUUGGGCAAACAAAAUAUUAAGAACAGCUGAUCCAGAGGAAAAGGUAAGGCUGACCCAUGCAGUAGAAGAGAAGUGGAAUGCAGGAGAAAUUGAAAGGAUUGGAUUAUGUAGUCCGCCUGAUCAACCCCACAGAUUAACUGAUUUGAAUGUUGUUGCUCCAGGCAAGAUCAAGAGAGGCAAAGCAGGCACUCUGGCCUCCCGAAUACAGAUUCUGCAUUCAUUAGCAAAUAUAGAGCAGUGGGCAAUUGAUCUGUCCUGGGAUAUUAUUGCACGGUUUUCAUCUUUCGUCACUGAGCAUGGGGCUGCAUUACCUCAAGACUUCUUCAGUGAUUUCAUCCGAGUUGCAGGAGAAGAGGCAAAACACUACAAGAUGUUGUCAACAAGACUGCAAGAGCUAAGUAGUCAUUUUGGUGCAUUGCAAGUACAUAAUGGUUUGUGGCAAUCUGCGAGUGAGACUAAGGAUAGUCUGUUAGCAAGACUAGCUGUCGUGCACAUGGUUCACGAAGCACGGGGCUUGGAUGUACAUCCAAAGACACAGGAGAGGUUUAGACACCAAGGGGAUGAGGAGAGUGUAAGGUUACUGGAGGUUAUUUAUAAAGAUGAGAUUACUUUAUUUUUCCAAAUCUUUGUUAAUGGAAUGUACUGUGGAAAAGUUGAUUGGUACAUUCCUCUCAUGAAACCAAAAGAUGAAUUGAUGAAGCAUACCAGAAAAACACAAGAAAAGACGGAAAAUAAUACAGCUACCAACACAUAG